CGUUUAUCUCUACAGUUUUACACCUGUCUCUUACAACUAUACUACCAUACACCCAGAGCUCGUUUAACACUAUUUUCAUCUUCUUCACCUCCCCUUUCCUAUAUAUUUUUCUUUCGCAGUGUCGUAAUGCUUCCCACCAUUGUUCUCUCACGUUGGAAAACCCUAAUUUCACACAUCACUCCAGUGAAUUUGUCUGGGAAAGAAAGCAUAUUUGAAUAACUUCUUGGUAGAAGGUUUUCUCGAAUAUAGAAUUUAUGUCCCAAAGUCAAUCAAACGUGGAAAGGAGCGAGUCUACACGGUACAGGAAAUCCGGUCGAUCGAAUCAACAGCGCCAUUUCUCCGGGCCCGGUUCAAUUAAGGGCGGCGGCGGCUCUUCCGCCCCCUCCAACCGCAGUUUUAAGAACUAUAAUACACAAGGAGGGCAAUCAGUGGCAAGAAACCCAAAUGCGAGCCCGGAUUCUAGUGCCCCAUCCGCAGCACAUGCUGUACAUUAUGGUACUCAUCAACGGCAGCUAGCCCAUGCUUCUAACACACCAGUUGUAAGUACAACUACUGAUGUCAAGUUGACUGACACCUCAACUCAGAAAGUUAACCGAGCUGUUCCAAGAGUUCCUUCUAAUGUGUCUACUGCAUCUCCUACUUCAAAUGCUUCAACAGCUAGUUCUGACUCCAAGUCGCCCACGAGACCUGCAAAGGCUCCUGGAGAUGCAUCAAAUCCAUUUCUCCUACAAUUUGGAUCCAUAAGUCCUGGUUUUAUGAAUGCAAUGCAGGUACCCGCUCGAACGAGUUCUGCCCCACCCAAUUUGGAUGAGCAGAAAAGAGAUCAGGCUCUUCGUGACUCUCUAAGAGCUGCUCCUGCAAUUUCAACUCCAUCUGUGCUCGAGCCGCAACUGCCAAAGAAAGAUGCAGGGGUUCUUGACCAACCUAAUACUGUUGCACCUGUGCCAGUUUGCGAGUUGAAGAGGGAUGCGCAAGUUUCAGCUGCGCCUCCUGUGACUCAAACUCAGAAACCUUUUGGACUUCCUGCCCCCAGGAUGACUGUGCCAAUGCUAUUUAACCAGCCGCAGGCUUCUGUUCAAUAUGGCGAACCUAAUCCCCAAAUGCAUUCUCAGGUCAUGUCAGGCAUGUCAUUACCAAUGCCAAUGUCAAUGCCGAUUCCUUUACCUAUGGGAAAUCCAUCAGUUCAGCAGCCAAUGUUUGUUUCAAGUCUUCAGCCACACCCAAUACAUUCUUCAGGUGUCAUGCACCAGGGGCAAUUGAACUUUUCAUCACAAUUGAGUCAGCUGCACCCUCAGCUGGGGAACAUGGGAAUUAAUAUGGCCCCACAAUUUCAGCCGCAGCAGGGUGGAAAAUUCAGUGGGACCCGUAAAACUGUAAAGAUUACUCAUCCUAAGACUCAUGAAGAAUUGAGACUCGAUGGAUCAAGUGCUCCGAGAUCACAUGCUGCUAAUCAUUCUAUGAACUUUUAUCCUAAUUCUUAUAAUGUUGAUUCCAUAUAUUUUCCAGCUCAAAGUACUGCUCCUCUGAAUAGCAGCCAGCUUCCUCCUACUCAGUUGCCAUGGUUCUCUAAUCAGGUGACAGUGAAACCAGCCAGUGGUUCUUAUGGUGAGAAAGAUAUAGUACCAUCUACAAUAAGUUCCAUUGGAAUGUCAGAAUCUUUGAAACAAAGGCAACAUGGAGAAGAUUCAGUUCGCUCCGGAAAAAAGGCUGGGCCUUCUUCUUCAAGCUAUUUGCAGCAGCCCAAGCAUGCUUUAGGAACGUCUUCUACAAUGACUCACAGAAUAAGCAAGCACUCUGCUAGAGUGUCAGGUCCCAUCACUGUGGAGAGUGAAACGUCCAGUACUUCAACUUAUGAUUCUGUUCCUAAUGCUGCUUCUGCAUUGACAUCAAUUAGCUUUGUGGAAGAAGCAAAAAAUGAAGUAGCUGUUGUUUCUGAUCCUAGAAAAUUAGGUAACGGAGGCUUGAAAGAUGAGGUUGGUAGACAAUCCUCAAGUUUCCUUACUUAUUUGUCAGAACCUGAACCUCUUGAAGCUAAGGCUACUUCACUGAGAAGUAGUGUGAUGUUGGAAAAGGCUAAGGACUCGCCGUCAACAACUAUAUCUGCUGCUGUGGGAACUUCUGAUUUAAGAAGUGACAGUGCUGAGGAAGCCACUCAAAAUUUUGCCACAAAAACUGCAAAUGGAAGACAAAUAAAGCCCGAGGCAAGGGACAAAAUUGAGCUAGGGGAACUAAUAUCACCUGAGAGUUCUGAACCUGAUAACUGUAGUUUGGAGACAUCUUUGAAGUCUGUUUCUUUAGAAUCUUUGGAAAUCAUUAAUAAAAUUGAGGAAAGCUCAGAGGUAUCAUUCUCCAGUCAGGAUGGUGAUUUAUUAGAAAUUGCCCAAAAAAAGAUGGAAGAAUCUUCAGGUUCUCGCUCAGACGAUGAUAGGGUGUCUGAUAAUUUAGUUAGAUCGACUUUCAUGUCAGAUGGUCAAAAUGCUGAAAGUCCUGCAUUAGUGAUUGGUUUGUCUGCUCAGUAUGAUAAAACCAGUGUUUCAGAUGCUUCUUUAAGAGUGCCUGAUAGUAUGGAUACUAAAAAAGUUACUGCUACAAGCUCUGCUAUGGUAGAUCAAGGGUCUGAACCAAAUUCAGUUUCAUCUCCUCCUGAAUGUGUGUUGGAAAGCGAAAAUGAAGGGAGUGAGAAUAUUGGUAGUGGCAUGCUUCCUUCUCAGUCAGGCGUCAAGGAGAAAGUCUUGUCAGAGCAAAAUGCAGCAACAAGUACUGUGCCCCGUUCGAAGAAGAAACUAAAAGAAUUAUGUAGAAAAGCAGAAGCUGCUGGUACUAGUUCUGAUCUUUAUAUGGCAUAUAAGGGUCCAGAGGAAAAGAAGGAAACUGUAACCUCUGCAGAAAACAGAGAAACCACUUCUAGCACUAGCGACAAGAAAAAAACAGUUAAUAUGACACAGGACAAUGGGACGUUAUAUGAUAGACCUGCUCAGAGUAAUGCAGAGCCGGAUGAUUGGGAAGAUGUUGCAGACAUCUCUACUCCGAAGUUAGAAACUUUAAAGAAUGAAAAACAGGUCAAUGAUGAAGACGGCUUUGGAUUAAUGGCUAAAAAGUAUUCCCGAGAUUUCCUUCAGAAAUUUGCUGAGCAAUGCACUGAUCUUCCCGAGGGUUUUGAAAUAACUUCAGACCUAGCUGAUGCUCUGAUGGUCUCUAUUGUCAAUGAUUCACAUGGGCCAUACCCUAGUUCUGGGCGAAAUGUUGACAGGCCAAAUGGGGGAUAUAGACCAGAUCGUCGUGGAAUUGGCAUGGGAGAUGAGGACAAAUGGGGUAGAUUUCUUGGCCCUCAUGUGUCGGGGCGAGGGGAGAUGCGGAUGGAUAUUGGUUGUGCUGUUAAUGUUAUGGGGCUUCGACCUAGCCAAGGAAUUAAUUAUGGUGUUCUAAGGAAUCCACGUGCACAAACACCCGGUCAGUAUACAGGGGGUAUCCUCUCUGGGCCAAUGCAAUCCCUGCCUCCACAGGGAGGACUGCAAAGGAAUAAUUCUGAUUCUGAUAGGUGGCAGCGUGGAACUGCUUUCCAGAAGGGUUUAAUGCCUUCUCCUCAGACACCAAUGCAGGUGAUGCAUAAAGCUGAGAAGAAAUAUGAGAUAGGUAAAAUUAACGAUGAGGAAGAAGCCAAGCAGAGGAAGUUGAAAUCUAUCUUAAACAAGCUCACUCCCCAAAACUUUGAAAAACUAUUUGAGCAAGUCAAGCAAGUGAACAUUGACAAUGUUGUCACCCUUUCUGGGGUGAUUGCACAAAUAUUUGAUAAAGCUUUGACAGAACCCACCUUUUGUGAGAUGUAUGCCAACUUCUGCUUUCACCUUGCUGCAGAGUUGCCUGAUUUGAGUGUGGACAAUGAGAGAAUCACUUUUAAGAGAUUACUCUUGAACAAAUGUCAAGAAGAAUUUGAGAGAGGAGAAAAAGAAGAAGAGGAGGCUAAUAAAGCAGAUGAGGAAGGUGAAGCCAAACAGUCAGAAGAGGCAAGAGAGGAGAAGAGACUCCGAGCACGAAGACGCAUGUUGGGUAAUAUCAGAUUAAUUGGAGAACUGUACAAGAAAAAAAUGCUGACGGAGAAAAUAAUGCACGAGUGUAUAAGGAAGUUGUUGGGUCAAUAUCAGAAUCCUGAUGAAGAAAAUGUUGAAGCUUUGUGCAAAUUGAUGAGCACAAUUGGUGAGAUGAUAGAUCAUUCCAGAGCCAAGGAGCACAUUGAUGCCUAUUUUGAUAGGAUGUUGCAGUUGUCAAAUAACAUGAGACUGUCGUCCAGAGUAAGGUUUAUGCUGAAGGAUGCAAUAGAUCUGAGAAAGAAUAAAUGGCAGCAGAGGAGGAAAGUUGAAGGUCCGAAAAAGAUUGAGGAGGUGCACAGAGAUGCUGCUCAAGAACGGCAGGCCCAAACUAGCAGGCUGUCUCGUGCUCCCAGCUUUGGCACUUCUAAUAGAAGGGGUCCACCUAUGGAGCUUUCUCCUAGAGGUCCCGGUAUGUUAUCUUCUCCAAGUUCCCAGAUAGGUGUUUAUCGUGCUGUUUCCCCACAUGCACGCAGUUAUGGCUCUCAGGAUGUUCGAUUGGAGGAGAGACAUUCCUUUGAGAACAGGAUGUCUGUUCCUCUGCCUCAAAGACUCGUUGGUCACGAUACUGUAACUCUUGGGCCCCAAGGUGGACUCGCAAGGGGAAUGGCUUUCAGGGGGUUGCCACCAGCGCCUAGCAUUCCCUUGGCCGAGAUGGCAAGUUCUGGGGAUUCACAAAGAAUUGGACCUGGCCUAAAUGGAUUCAGUUCUAUGCCAGAACGUACAGCAUAUGGGCAAAGGGAAGAUCACACGCCAAGAUAUUUGCCAGACAAGUUUACUAGUCCGUCAAUGUACGACCAAUCACAUCCACAAGAACGGAACAUGAGCCAUGGAAACAGAGAUGUCAUACAUAAAGAUCAUGGUUUUGAUAGAUCUCUGCCUACUUCUCCAACUACACUAGGCGCCCCCCCAACUCUUAUGCCAAACGUUUCUUCGGAAGAGAUGUAUGAUGAAGAGCAUUUGCGGGAUAAGUCCUUGUCUGCAAUCAAAGAAUUCUACAGGUAGGUACUGGAACAAUGACUUUUGAACUGUGAUGCUCAUUUGAUACAGAACCUGGACGUGAAUAAUGAAAAUUUUGUUCCAUUCUUGUACUCGACCUCGUGCAAAUUUUGUUUAUUUGAGGAGGUUGCUGUCGAUUAGAAUUCAAGAGGGAAGGGUAGUUAUCUGCACACAAACAAGAAAAUCUACAACCUAUUAAGUUUUAUCUUUUUUCGUUUAGAUUCUAUGCCUGUGCUUUAUCACAAAGUUCUUGGACAAUACUAUUACAAUUUCUCAUAAGUGAGAGUUUAGGUAACUGUGUGCCAUUAAAAUUUUGCUGUUUUGUGAAAUAAUCGUGGUCAUUAGAUAUGAUGAAUAGCUGCUUUGGAUCUUUUUCUUGUAAGCGAAAGAUGUAGAGCUGGUUGCAAUUUCUCUUCUCCUGUUACAUGUUAUUAGGAGAUUGCUGUGUUUUAUCUGUUGAAUGUUAUUUGGAUUUACGGUGGUAUAUGGGAAAUCUGUUUUGCCUUUUGAAUGGAAUGUUAUAUUCUUUUUGACAAUUAUAUGGAUCCCUAAAAAGUCUCGCAGAACCUUUGAAAAUAAUACCUUUCUUUCAAUUUUAACACACAUCAACCAUUUUGAUCACUCCAUUCAAUUGUGUUAGUAGACUUUUUUUUCUAGUUGAACAUUAGUAUGGUGAAUAUCAGAUUUUAUUAGUUCCCUGGUUCUUUACUGUCUAUUCCUUUCUUAAACCUUUUUUUAUUAGGAUUAUUCUUAUU